UUUGCUCAAGGGUAGCUAGAGGCAUGGCAGGCCCAAGAGCCUCGCCGUGAUUGCGAUCGAUCGAUCGCAUGACGCCCUUGUUGGAUCAACUCAUCGGCGAGUGGUAUGACGAUGCGGGGAGCCAGUACACGGUGACGCUGGACGAGGACGAAGCGUCCUGCACCGUGCGAACGCUUCGGGAGAGUGGACGCAUCGUACAAACGCCGGGGAUACUGAAAUACAGUAAGCAGGACGACUGCAUCCUGUGGGGGAAGAGCUACUGCAUGGAGAUGGAGGACGAGUGGACAGUGCACUGGCAGCCCCUCAACACCUCCAGGCCCUACACCUGGUACCGGUCCGAAGAGGCCACGUCCGAGAUCCAACCGGCGAAGGAGGCAAAGGAGGAGGCGGGAGAGGAGGCAGAGGAGGCGGAGGAGGAGCAGGAGGGCGAGGUCCUGGAGGGGCGCUUGGAGCAGAUCGCGGGGAACUGGCGCGACCCCUGGGGCACCAGGUACUUCAUCACGCUGGACCCCGCAGGUACCACCUGCAGUGCGACCAUCGUGCGCAGGGACGGUUCCACACGGCUGGUGGAUGAGGCGAUCACUUACAGCGCUGAGUAUGACUGCCUCUACUGGAACCAGUGCUACUACUCCGUUGCGGUGGGAUUACACUCCAUGACCUCUGCCAUGAGCGUCACCUGGAAGAGCCUCAAGUCCGAGGAGACCUUUGCCUGGGAGCGGAGCGUCGCGUCGGACGUGUCGCGAGCCCACGGCCCGGCGACGGAGGCCAGGGACACCUUGCGGAAGGUGCUGGGUGAGUGGCAGGACGAGGCCCAGAAUCGGCUUUCUGUCACUCUGGACGAGUCGGGAGAGUCUUGCUCUGUGCGCACGGACUGUGCAGACGGGGGCACGCGCUUCACCAAGAGGAUGCUGACGUAUGACAGGGAGUACGACUGCGUGAUGUGGGGCAAGACUUACUACAUGACGCUGAGCAAUGAUCCCUGCAUCAUCAUGUGGAAGCCUUUGCAGGGGGGGAAGCCGUUCAGCUGGCAGUGGUGUGGCCAGAACCAGGCCGAGGCCUCUCGAGCCCAGCUCGCGCGGCAGACGGCCCGCGCCUCGGCCCGCGCCGCGCGGGAGGCUGUGCCGCCGGUGCCAGCGCCGCGGGGAACGUGGAAGGCUGAGCCGGAGCCGGUGAAGGUGGAGAUCUCCUUCGGGAAGGCGAAAGCUGCCUUGAACCAGGUGGUGGGCGAGUGGGUGGAUGAGGCCAACAGUCAGUACACGGUGUCCCUGGUGGAGGCUGAGCAGUGCUGCAACGUGAAGACCGUCCGCAAGGACGGGCACACGAGGUUCUCUCCGGGGAAGAUCACCUACAACCCGGUGCACAACUGGGUGAUGUGGGCCGCCAGCUACUACCUGGCGCUCGAAAACCACGAGCCGGGCACGCUUUGCUGGAACUCCUUGCACGGCGGCAAGCCCUUCGUUUGGAGCCUCCGGGACAAGGCCAAGGCGUCCAAGGCGCCGUCGCCGCCGCUACCAGCGAAGGCGGAAGCGCCGGAGGAGACGGUGGCGGAGGAUGAGCCGCUGAAGAUCUCUUUGGUGCCGAGGCCUAGGCCCAACGAGGCGCGGUCGGCCAUGAGGAAAGUGCUGGGCCAGUGGCGAGACGAGGCACAGAGUCAGUACUUUGUGUCCCUCGACGCGACCGAGGACUCCUGCAGCGUGAAGACCUUCCGUGCAGACGGCCGAGUCCGCUUCACCAAAGCCAUGCUGAGGUACGACACCGAAUUCCAGUGCGUGAUGUGGGGCAGGAGCUACUACCUGGACGCGGGUAAGAACUGGGCCAGCAUAUCUUGGGUUCCGCUGAAGAACACCAAGCCUUACACCUGGCACCGGUGCUAGACUCUCUCGCUGGGAGGAAAAAAA